GUCAGCGGCGGUAAGAUGGCGGCGCUCGGGGAUGCAUCAGCUCCGGGGCUGAACGGGUUAAUACAGCAAUUUACAGCCAUAACGGGGGCCACUGAAAGCGUGGGGAAGCACAUGCUAGAGGCCUGUGACAAUAACUUGGAGAUGGCGGUAACCAUGUUCUUGGAUGGAGGGGGGAUCGCUGAGGAGCCCAGCACCAGCUCCAGCUCUGCAGGGGCGUCCAGCAGCAGACUGUCCCGCUCGGAGGAUGACGUGCGGGCACCUAUCCCCCAGAAACAGGACAUUCUGGUUGAGCCGGAGCCACUGUUUGGAGUGCCAAAGAGGCGGAGACCAGCUAGGUCCAUAUUUGACGGCUUCCGGGAUUUCCAGACAGAAACCAUCCGGCAGGAGCAGGAGCUACGUAACGGGAGUGCAGUGGACAAGAAGCUGAGUACCUUGGCUGAUCUCUUCCGCCCACCUAUUGAACUCAUGCACAAAGGCAGCUUUGAGACAGCGAAGGACUGUGGGCAGCUGGAGAACAAAUGGCUGAUGAUAAACAUCCAGAACGUGCAGGACUUCUCCUGUCAGUGUCUGAACAGAGACGUGUGGAGCAACAAUGCUGUCAGAACCAUCAUCAAAGAGCACUUCAUCUUCUGGCAGGUGUACCACGACAGUGAGGAGGGACAGAGGUACAUCCAGUUCUACAAGCUCAAUAAGUUCCCCUACAUUUCCAUACUGGACCCCCGCACAGGCCAGAAAAUGGUAGAGUGGAACCAGCUGGAUGUGUCUUCAUUCUUGGAGCAGGUCACGGGGUUCCUGAGCGAACAUGGCCAACUCGAUGGGCUUUCCAGUCGCCCUCCUCCUGCUAAACGCGCACGCUCUGAGAGCUUGAUUGACGCCAGCGAGGACAGUCAACUGGAGGCUGCGAUUCGGGCAUCCCUGCAGGAGACGCACUACGAGUCGAACCCGGACCGGGCGGAGUCCCGCUCCGAGGACGACUCGGAGGCCGAGCCCUUCUCCGACAGCGAGGGGCUCAUCUCCGUGGACGGCUCGGAUGACGAAGGAGGAGGGGAGGGGCCCUCCAGCGCCCACACGUCCCCCCAGGCGGCUGCCGUGCCCUCCCGGCCAGACAGCCCCGCCCGGCACAGGAAGUCCCCGCACAAAGAGUCCAGCCACAGGAAGGAGGAGAGCAAGAAGAACCACCUGGAGCCGCCAGAGAGGUCGCGGCCGGGGCCGGGGCCGGACCCAUACGACGGGGAGAACCACCGCACCACACAGGGCCAGAAUUCGGGUUCAAGGCCCGCGGAGACCAGCGCGGAAGAACCGGGUGACCUCAACCAACCUGAUGACAAUGGUCCAAAGGCCAGGCUGAUGCUCCGUUACCCAGAUGGUCAGAGGGAGCAGAUCACCAUGUCCACACAGGCCAAGCUUAUGGCGCUGGUGAAACACGUACAGUCGAAGGGUUACCCUAACGAACGCUUUGAACUGGUCACCAACUUUCCCCGGAGGAAGCUGUCUCACUUGGACUAUGACAUCACACUGCAGGAGGCGGGACUGUGUCCGCAGGAAACUGUGUUUGUGCAGGAGAGGAAUUAGUGUCUCCGCCCACUUCCUCCCACUCUUCCUUCUUUUUAUUUUUCCUCCAUGGAUCCAGGAAGACAGUGCAGAUCAUGCUCCUUCCUCCAUGUUCUUACCGAGUAAAACUCACCCAUUGCCCAUCAAUGAAUUAACCACACUUUGGUUACUCUACUUGCAGUCACUGAUAUCUGUAUAUUUUGUAUGGCCAUCAUUGUUUAAUUCAACAAACUCUCAACACAGUCCACUGAAAUUGGCUGACAAAUACCUUGUACAAACCAUAAGCCAAUAAGACUGGAAUGUGUUGAUUAUUUGUUGAGCCAAACAUGAAGCCCAAAUACAGAUUUGUGUGUGCCACCUGUGUUUCAGGGAAUUAAACAUGUUCAGUCACAGGACCUAAGACCUUUUUGCUGAUCUCACUUAGGAGAGGAUAUCAUUGUUUGAUUGUUUCUUUUUUUUUUGUUUGGAUUAAUUUGUUAAAGGAUUGGUGUCAUGAACAUCAGCAGCCAGUUAAAAAAUCCUCAUUGACUGCAGACAGAAAGGAUGUGGAGCACUUCCUCUACAGGAAUCCCUCGAGUCAGUGGCCCCCAUGGUGUUGUCAUGGUGACGUGGGACCGUGAGUGCCCGGGUUACCGUAGAAACUAGCCUGAGGUUGGGGAUGGAUGGUCCUGGGGGGGGAGGUGUCAUCGUUGUGCUCGAACCUGCACUGUAAAGGAAUGGUGUAGAUUGAGGUGUAGUCAUAGUCAUUUUCUUUCUCUCUCUUUUUUUAAAUAUGCAGCCCCAUUUACAAAAAAAAGUUGUUGAUGCUCAAAUAUAAUCAUCGAAACAAAGGGAACUUCAGCCUGCUUUCUUCGUCUGCUUCCCUUUUUUCUGUGGAACACUGCUGGAGCAAGUGGGUGGAGCCUCAACUGAUGUCACAAAGGGGCGUGCCUGCCUGCUUUAAAAUGAGAUUUCGAGCCUUGUGAUGAAAGAGGAAGAGCAUAGUGUGUCUUUGCAGUCUGGCUGAGAAAAAUGGUCUUUAUGCAUUUGGGUGUUUUUGGGCUGCAGUCUGAAUGAGCAGCAGGCAGCAGUCAUGACCGUGUGACCGCAUUUCAGCAGUCCGUCAGUUAUACUGAUAGCACAAUUUCGUAGCGUGACUGCCAAGUAGAGAGUGGUUCCUUGGAGCAGCGUGCAUCCAAUGUCUGUUGCAAAUAAACAAAGACCACGGGUGCAUUUUAGGAGACGCCUUUCUUAAUUUCAAUCACAGAAGUUAAAACACAUUCAUAAAAAUGGCAUUAACAACAUGCAAUAUUUGUCAUCAGCUCAAAGACCCUGAUAAUAUUGUGAUUGCUCAACUGCUGUUCAAAAUGUGUGGCUGUUGUGGUCCCUUUCAGGUGACUUACUAUUGAGCAUUACUGACUGCAGUCUCAAGGUUGUCUAUCAGCAGAAGCACAGCUACGGUUAUAUUUUCAAAUUCAACUCUGAUUAGCUCACCCAAAUUCACCUGCCAUGUGCUUGCCAUCCACAGUGGACUGCAUGGGCCCAUGCUGGGUAAUUGUUGCCUCUGUUUUCGAUGAAAGGGGUUCUUGUGCUUCAAAGAGCAUGUUAUACACACCUGGACACAACUCAGCCCCUGGGGCGACAUAGACCCCUGUAUCUCCUGCCCUGUGCAUAAGAGAGAGGGGUAGAUUGAGUGCUCUUUGUGGCAGUCCAGAUAUCGGGUGGAAGCAAAACCAGAUACCCUUGAGCUUUCUAGAACUGUGGUUUCUCUGUCCUAAAAUACAAGUUCACACAAUGGUAAAUUUUUUUUUUUUGGAUUUGACCAGAGGGGGGCAGUGUAAGUGUGGAACAUGCAGGCUACUGCAUAGUUUGCAGUCAGUGGGGUAUUUUUGGCAGUCAUAGCAUCAGGAUAGUUCUAGAAUUUUCUCAUGCAUGUAAGAACAGUGUUGACUGUGACUUUCCAUGAGUCCUUCCCUCGGUUAAUGACCGAUUUACUGUGCCCCUGGUACUGCAUCGGCUUUGAGGAGCCGAGGUUUUGGUGACAUUAAACUGAAGAGUUCAAACUCCUGAAACGGCUGACGAAUUGAUAACUUCUUGGACAUGGUGUUUACAAGAUCUGAAUGCCAUCGCCUAGACUUGGCCAUUAAAUGACUCUGUUAGCAUUAGGUCAUUGCUUUUAGCUCUUGUUUGUUUCUCGACUGGCCCCUGUGGGUAGAGUCUUAAAUUUUAUGUUUCUCUGCUGCAGGUCAGACCUGCACACCCCCACACAGUGGAGGUCUAGGGUGCGGGUGGGGAAUGGGGCCUGAAGAACAUGUGUGGAGUUGUCACUGUGAGAGGGUAUCAGCAGCAGUCACCUGGUCUGUGGAAUAUUUGCACAAUAUGAGUGGAAUGCAGUGUGUUCACUUAGGCGUGCACACAGAGGCUCAUGUAGUGUAAUGUACUGGUUUUAUUCAGCACAGUCAGAACAUACUGAC